GGGCUACCCUCGAUAUAUCAUUCUGAUCCUCGUCCCCUAUGGAUUCUGAUCCCUAUAGCCUAACCUUGGGCAUCACAUUCGACAGUAUGACACUUCGUGAAUCCGUUUCCGAUCCAUAUCUCGAUGCACUCGUGGAAUGUUAUAAAGACGGCAACUAUUCCAAGCUAAAUGAGGGCCAUGCUAAUCACAUUGGAAGUGUGGGCACAGAGAAUUUUGAUCCCCCAGACGAUGACUGUCUUGAUGAAGACACAAGUCCCAACAAUUCUUCUAUAAUUACCCAAUUCUUAACCAAAUCAUCCACCUACAUGCACGAACAAGAACCUUUUGAUACAUACCGCUGUAAAGUUAAUCAGUUGUGUAUUGAUAUGGGCCUUGGCGUACCAUCAACCAUGGAUCGUAUGAAUGGAGGAAGUUACAAUUGGGUAAUUGGCUUAUCAUUUCAAAGUGACUCUGGAAUUCAGCGACGUGUUCUACGGAUUCCGCAAGAAUGGGAUCCCAACUGAUCGAAGCAAGCUGACAUCCAAGCCAAGGCCGAAAUAACUAUCUGGCUUCAACGAUUCGAAUUUCUUCGCGCAGCGAUUCAUACAACUGCUGCAAAUUCUCUGAAUUCACCAUAUGUAUUACAGGAAAGGCCUCGAGGAAUACCAUUGGAUGAUUUAUUCUUCGAGAUUCCUGAGCAACUUUCCAUGUCUAGUGCCGUUAGUUCUGACUAGAGCUCCUA